GGGAAGGAGGAGGACGAGGAGGGGGAAGAUGGCGGCGCCUGGCCUGGCCUGAGGCCUGGUCUGUGUCUGUGAGGCGGGAAGGAAGAGGACGGAGAGAGAGAGAGAGAGAGAGAGAGAGGGAAAUGAAGACCCUAUGAAGUCACCACAGACAUGAAAAGAAAAUAUCAAUAUCUAGUGGAGAUUGAGGAAUUUGGAAACCAAAGGGCAAUAAUGAAAGAAAUCCUGUGGGAAGAAGAAAUCCUCUCUAGGUGCCAAUCUUGUGGAACUCAAUUUUGAUUAAAAAGAAAAAGGUAACACUCACGUGUCUGUAUCAAAGUCAAUCAUACACAUAACUGUCAACAUGGAGGAGAAACCCUUUACAUGUCUUGAGUGUGGAAAGAGCUUCAGUUGGAGGAGCAAUCUGCUACGGCAUGAAAGGACUCACACUGGGGAGAAACCCUUUGAAUGCCUGGAGUGUGGACAGAGCUUCACUCAUCGUUCAGGCCUACGUCAACAUCAAAGAACUCACACUGGGGAGAAACCCUAUAAAUGCUUGGAGUGUGGACAGAGCUUCACUGAUCGUUCAGGCCUACGUAGACAUCAAAGGACUCACACUGGGGAGAAACUCUAUACAUGUCUUGAGUGUGGACAGAGCUUCACUCAUAGUUCAAGCCUACGUUCACAUCAAAGGACUCACACUGGGGAGAAACCCUAUAACUGCCUGGAGUGUGGACAGAGCUUCACUCAUAAUUCAGGCCUACAUUCACAUCAAAGGACUCACACUGGGGAGAAACCCUAUAAAUGUCUGGAGUGUGGACAGAGCUUCACUCGUAGUUCAGUUCUGCGUUCACAUGAAAGGACUCACACUGGAGAGAAACCCUAUGAGUGCCUGGAGUGUGGACAGAGCUUCAGUGAUUGUUCAACUCUACGUAAACAUCAAAGGAUUCACACUGGGGAAAAACCCUAUAAAUGCGUGGAGUGUGGACAGAGCUUUACUCGGAAGGGACACUUACAUUCACAUCAAAGGACUCACACUGGGGAGAAACCCUAUGACUGCCUGGAGUGUGGACAGAGCUUCGCUCAGAGUUCAACUUUACAUAUGCAUCAAAGGACUCACACUGGGGAGAAACCCUAUAAAUGCCUGGAGUGUGGACAGAGCUUCACUCAGAGUUCAGGCCUACGUUCACAUCAAAGGACUCACACUGGGGAGAAACCCUAUAAAUGCCUGCAGUGUGGACAGACCUUCACUCAUAAUUCAGGCCUACGUUCACAUCAAAGGACUCACACUGGGGAGAAACCCUAUAAAUGCCUGGAGUGUGGACAGACCUUCAUUCAUAAUUCAGGCCUACGUUCACAUCAAAGGACUCACACUGGGGAGAAACCCUAUAACUGCCUGGAGUGUGGACAGAGCUUCACUCAUAAUUCAGGCCUACGUUCACAUCAAAGGACUCACACUGGGGAGAAACCCUAUAAAUGCCUGGAGUGUGGACAGAGCUUCACUCGUAAUUCAGGUCUACGUUCACAUCAAAGGACUCACACUGGGGAGAAACCCUAUAAAUGCCUGGAGUGUGGACAGAGCUUCACUCAGAGUUCAGGCCUACGUAUACAUCAAAGGACUCACACUGGGGAGAAACCCUAUAAAUGCCUGGAGUGUGGACAGACCUUCACUCAUAAUUCAGGCCUACGUUCACAUCAAAGGACUCACACUGGGGAGAAACCCUAUAACUGCCUGGAGUGUGGACAGAGCUUCACUCAUAAUUCAGACCUACGUUCACAUCAAAGGACUCACACUGGGGAGAAACCCUAUAAAUGCCUGGAGUGUGGACAGAGCUUCAUUCGUAAUUCAGGUCUACGUUCACAUCAUAGGACUCACACUGGGGAGAAACCCUAUGAGUGCCUGGAGUGUGGACAGAGCUUCAGUGAUUGUUCAACUCUACGUAAACAUCAAAGGACUCACACUGGGGAAAAACCCUAUAAAUGCGUGGAGUGUGGACAGAGCUUUACUUGGAAGGGACACUUACAUUCACAUCAAAGGACUCACACUGGGGAGAAACCCUAUGACUGCCUGGAGUGUGGACAGAGCUUCGCUCAGAAUUCAACUUUACAUAUACAUCAAAGGACUCACACUGGGGAGAAACCCUAUAAAUGCCUGGAGUGUGGGCAGAGCUUCACUCAGAGUUCAGGCCUACGUAGACAUCAAAGGACUCACACUGGGGAGAAACCCUAUAAAUGCCUGGAGUGUGGACAGAGCUUCAAUAAGAGGGAAAUUCUACGUAUACAUCAAAGAACUCACACUGGGGAGAAACCAUAUACAUGCCUUUAGUGUGGACAGAUUUUCACUCAGGAACCACGUCUACAUACACAUCAAAGGAUGCACACUGGGAGAAACCUUAUACAUGCCUGGAGUGUGGAAAAACCUUCACUUACAAUGUAAAUCUACAUUCACAUCACAGGACUUUUCAUGACAACAAUAGGGGCAUAUGUCAAGUGUCAGAUUUAUGAAUGAGAAUAAGUGGUACCAAAGGCAGAAGUGUGCUUGUAUAGGAUUGUCUACAUGGAGUAGAAUCAUACGGUAUAAAAAACAAUGAAUAGAGAGUGUGAAGUUUAUAGAAAUAGAUCCAUUCUUGUCUAUUUUUUGUUUGUUGGUGUAGUUUGUGUCUUUGUGGGUACAGUAGAGUCUCACUUAUCCAAGCUAAACGGGCCGGCAGAAGCGUGGAUAAGCGAAUAUCUUGGAUAAUAAGGAGGGAUUAAGGAAAAGCCUAUUAAACAUCAAAUUAGGUUAUGAUUUUACACAUUAAGCACCAAAACAUCAUGUUAUAAAACAAAUUUGACAGAAAAAGCAGUUCAAUACGCAGUAAUGUUAUGUUGUAAUUACUGUAUUUACGAAUUUAGCACCAAAAUAUCAUGAUGUAUUGAAAACAUUGAAUACAAAAAUGGCUUGGAUAAUCCAGAAACUUGGAUAAGCGAGGCUUGGAUAAGUGAGACUCUACUGUAUGUGUUUUGUUGAUACUUGUUUCUAAUUUAGCUUUGUACUUUGUUGUAGUAGCUAGUUAGUUAGCCACAUAAGUUUAGCAUCAUAUAUUAUGUAAUUUCUCCUUUAUGCAAUAUUAUUGUUUUUACUUAAAAAUUAUUUUCUAAAAAGGUGGCUAAUUUAGAUAGGUUAAAAAUUCUGAGACUGGAGUGGCAGAUAGAAGUGAUUUUAGACCCAUGUGGAGUUUAUUGCCCAAUUUAUUUUGCCUUUAAGGUUGGCCGCAUAGCUCUGGAGUUGAUUGUUAUCCUGUCAGCGAUGCAGAAAGGAGACAUCCCCAGAACUUCUGCCUGCCAGCCGGGAUUAUAUAAAUCCUCCUCUGCCUAUCUCACAUGAAUUAUCCCGUUCUCAAUUUGUGCUGGCUUAUCGAUAAAUUGAGUGGCAACCCUUCAGUUGAGCUCGGCAGCGCAGCUACUCGGCUUUAUUUACACAAGCAUAUAUCCCAGGGUUGUUCACACAGCUGACUAUGGUAGUGAAAUACAGUAACACCCCAAAUCCACAAACGGGGUUUAUUGGGCCUACUAUAAAGGCACCAAAAUAUACCCUGCAAGAUUUCAAAGUUCCGUUGGCUUUUCUAUUAGGCAAAGACAUUAGAAGUCAUACAGCAAAAGGAGAAGAAUAAGGCCAUUGUGAGUGUGACAGGCCCACAGUUUGUCAAGGUGUUGGCUUUGUUAAUGUCAGGCAAGGUAUUAUUUUUCCUCAUUUGGGCUCAGUGAGACAGUCAUAAGAUCCGGGCAAUAAAAAGGGAGCUUGAGAGCCAUGCUGCUUCUGCCCUGGAUGAGGUAGUCGAGAAUAGCUUGCUCUCAACCACUAAACAUCCGAGCCUUUCAAGCGUUAUUCGUAGAUUUGUUAAUGCUAAUUAAUUAGGGAGAUAAGUUUCCCCUGGCCUGCUUCUAAAGCUGAGAGAGUGUGACUGGGACAAGGUCAGGUCAGAGAUUCUGUAGCUGAGCAGGGAUUUAAACGCUGGUCUCCAGAGUCAAUAGUCCAAGUGCUGCAUCAUGCUGGUGUGAAGACUGUAAUGGCCACGAGAGAGAAGGGUCUUACAGUUGGAUGGACUCGGUCAAAGGCGCUUUGGCCGCUGCCUUGGCUUUGCAAAGCCUGAGCAGGACGGGAGGAUACAGUGGCCUGGAGGCCGCUCCGUCAUGAGAUCACCACAAGUUCAUCUGAUGGCUGUCAGUGAAGCAUCAACUAUGGCGUUGGAUAAUCAUCAGCAUAGAACAAAGACGAGGAACUCCCCUCCGGAAACUUACUGGUACAUUGGUAAGCAUUUAAAGUGGAUAAAAACUUAUUUGAUAAUAAGUUUUGAUAUUAUUGAUAUACCGUAACUUGAAACUGUUUUGGACUCUGGAGAUGACCAUGUUAUUGCUAAGUUGUAUAAACUUUUGUUGAAACAUGAAAUGGAGGAGGCGAAAGAUUGUGUGGUAAAGUGGGCACAACAUUUUGGUAAACGAAUACAAAGGGAACAACGGGAAAGGGUUUGGACAAAGAGUGUGGAAUUUACAAUUGAGUAAAAAUACUUUUUAUAACAUGAUGUAUAGAUGAUACCUGACACCAGAAAGGAUGGCGAAGAUCUGUAACAACAGUUCUAGAUUGUUGGAAAAGUGGGGGAAAGGUGGGCACUUUUUAUCAUGUGUCGUGGUCAGGUAAAAAGGCCCAGAAAUACUGGGCACAAAUACAUAUGGUUUUAGAAGAAAUGGUUAAAGUCAAAUUUGAAAUGAAACCUGAACUCUUAUCUGCUUGGGAUGUGAGAUGAACAACUUAAUAGGAAAUGUGGGAGGAGAUUGCUAUAGGUGAGAACGGCAGCAAGAAUGACCUCCACUUAAAGAUGGAAAGACUGUCAGAAAAUGAUUGGCUGACGAAAAUGUGAUUCUGUCAGAAAAUGAUUGGCUUAUGAAAAUGUGAUUCUGUCAGAAAAUGAUUGGCUGACGAAAACAAGUGAGUUUGUGGGAAUGAAGAGGUUUACUACGUUGACUGAGGAGAAAUCUCUCACUUAAGAAAGACCGGGGCCCAUUGAUUGUGUUCCUCCAACAACGAUGGGGCCAAAUCUCCAUCACUGUCUGUUUGUUUGGGACUAGAAGUGUGUUACUAUGUGAGAAAGGACGUUCCAAGGGUUGCUUUUCACUAAACGGGUGUAGAAAACAGAGAGAAGAUAACAACCAGAGAGAGAAUGCCAGGUCAUUACAUUAGAUAACGUAGAUUGUUUGUAGUUAUUGGGGUUUUUUAUAUAUAGGAUAAAGUAGUAUUAUUCUAGAAACAGUAUUUUUAAUCUCUUGUUGUUGAUGUUGUUUUGUUUUUGUAUAUCUAAAUAAAGAAAUGAAUCAAA